AUGAAUAAUUUCAGGAAACAGACAGCCAUCAAGAUUUGCGUGCAGACUUUGAAUGCUGUACGUGACCUUCACGACAUUGGCUUCCUGCACAGGGACCUGAAACUCGCCAACUUUGCCAUAGGUAUCGAUAAACCAUCACAUGAGACCAUUUUCAUGCUCGAUUUCGGCAUCGCCAAACGUAUCGCUGGAGAUGACGGAAUCAUUCCGUAA